GCCUGAAACAGGAAGUCAGUCAGUUAAGCUGGUAGUAGCAGCAGAGACAACUUCUGAGAGGCAACAGGCAGCAGGUCUCAGCCUAGGGCCCUUAACUGCUCUGUUGGAGUGUCCGUCCUGGGAGUGGCUGCUGACCCAGCCCAGGAGACCCAUGCCUGCCAUGGUCCCUGGAUGGAACCAUGGCAACAUCACCCGCUCCAAGGCAGAGGAGCUACUUUCCAGAGCCGGCAAGGACGGGAGCUUCCUUGUGCGUGCCAGCGAGUCCAUCCCCCGGGCCUACGCUCUCUGCGUGCUGUUCCGGAAUUGCGUUUACACUUACAGGAUUCUGCCCAACGAGGAUGAUAAAUUCACUGUUCAGGCAUCCGAAGGUGUCCCCAUGAGGUUCUUCACAAAGCUGGACCAACUCAUCGAGUUUUACAAGAAGGAAAACAUGGGGCUGGUGACCCACCUGCAGUACCCUGUGCCUCUGGAGGAGGAGGACACCAUUGAUGAGGCUGAAGAGGACACUGUAGAAAGUGUCAUGUCACCACCUGAGCUGCCUCCCAGAAACAUUCCUGUGUCCGCUGGGCCCAGCGAAGCCAAGGACCUUCCCCUUGCAACAGAGAACCCCCGAGCCCCUGAGGUCACCCGGCUGAGUCUCUCCGAGACACUGUUUCAGCGUCUGCAGAGCAUGGAUACCAGUGGGCUCCCAGAGGAGCACCUGAAAGCCAUCCAAGAUUAUCUCAGCACUCAGCUCAUCCUGGAUUCUGACUUUUUGAAGACAGGCUCCAGCAACCUUCCUCACCUGAAGAAGCUGACCUCACUGCUCUGCAAGGAGCUUCAUGGGGAAGUCAUCAGGACCCUCCCAUCCCUGGAGUCUCUGCAGAGGUUGUUUGACCAGCAGCUCUCCCCUGGCCUUCGCCCAAGACCUCAGGUACCUGGAGAGGCCAGUCCCAUCACCAUGGUGGCCAAACUCAGCCAAUUGACAAGUCUGCUGUCUUCCAUUGAAGAUAAGGUCAAAGCCUUGCUGCAUGAGGGCUCCGAGUCUACCAACAGGCGUUCCCUUAUCCCUCCGGUCACCUUUGAGGUGAAGUCAGAGUCCCUGGGCAUUUCUCAGAAAAUGCAUCUCAAGGUGGACGUCGAGUCUGGGAAACUGAUCGUUAAGAAGUCCAAGGAUGGUUCUGAGGACAAGUUCUACAGCCACAAAAAAAUCCUGCAGCUCAUCAAGUCCCAGAAGUUUUUAAACAAGCUGGUGAUCUUGGUGGAGACGGAGAAGGAGAAAAUCCUGAGGAAGGAAUAUGUUUUCGCUGACUCUAAGAAAAGAGAAGGCUUCUGCCAGCUCCUGCAGCAGAUGAAGAACAAGCAUUCGGAGCAACCAGAGCCUGACAUGAUCACCAUCUUCAUUGGCACUUGGAACAUGGGUAAUGCACCCCCUCCCAAGAAGAUCACGUCCUGGUUUCUCUCCAAGGGGCAGGGAAAGACACGGGACGACUCUGCUGACUAUAUCCCCCAUGACAUCUACGUGAUUGGCACCCAGGAGGACCCCCUUGGAGAGAAGGAGUGGCUGGAGAUACUCAGGCACUCCCUACAAGAAGUCACCAGCAUGACAUUUAAAACAGUUGCCAUCCACACCCUCUGGAACAUUCGCAUAGUGGUACUUGCCAAGCCAGAGCAUGAGAAUCGGAUCAGCCACAUCUGCACUGACAACGUGAAGACAGGCAUCGCCAACACCCUGGGAAACAAGGGAGCCGUAGGAGUGUCCUUCAUGUUCAAUGGAACCUCCUUGGGGUUUGUCAACAGCCACUUGACUUCUGGAAGUGAAAAAAAGCUCAGGCGAAAUCAAAACUAUAUGAACAUCCUGCGGUUCCUGGCCCUGGGAGACAAGAAGCUAAGUCCAUUUAACAUCACCCAUCGCUUCACCCACCUCUUCUGGCUUGGGGAUCUCAACUACCGUGUGGAGCUGCCCACCUGGGAGGCAGAGGCCAUCAUCCAGAAGAUCAAGCAACAGCAGUACUCAGAUCUCCUAGCCCACGACCAGUUGCUCCUGGAGAGGAAGGACCAGAAGGUCUUCCUGCACUUUGAGGAAGAGGAGAUCACCUUCGCCCCCACCUACAGAUUUGAAAGACUGACCCGGGACAAGUACGCCUACACGAAGCAGAAAGCGACAGGGAUGAAGUACAACUUGCCAUCCUGGUGUGACCGAGUCCUCUGGAAGUCUUACCCGCUGGUGCAUGUGGUCUGUCAGUCCUAUGGCAGUACCAGUGAUAUCAUGACAAGUGACCACAGCCCUGUCUUUGCCACGUUUGAAGCAGGAGUCACAUCACAAUUUGUCUCCAAGAAUGGUCCUGGCACUGUGGACAGCCAAGGGCAGAUUGAGUUUCUUGCAUGCUAUGCUACACUGAAGACCAAGUCCCAGACUAAGUUCUACUUGGAGUUCCACUCAAGCUGCUUAGAGAGUUUUGUCAAGAGUCAGGAAGGAGAAAAUGAAGAGGGAAGUGAAGGAGAGUUGGUGGUGCGGUUUGGAGAGACUCUUCCCAAGCUAAAGCCCAUUAUCUCUGACCCUGAGUACUUACUGGACCAGCACAUCCUGAUCAGCAUUAAAUCCUCUGACAGUGACGAAUCCUACGGUGAAGGCUGCAUUGCCCUUCGUCUGGAGACCACAGAGACUCAGCUUCCCAUCUACACACCUCUCACCCACCAUGGGGAGAUGACCGGCCACUUCAGGGGAGAGAUUAAGCUGCAGACCUCCCAGGGCAAGAUGAGAGAGAAGCUCUACGACUUUGUGAAGACAGAGCGGGAUGAGUCCAGUGGAAUGAAGUGCUUGAAGAAUCUCACUGGCCACGAUCCCAUGAGGCAGUGGGAGCCUGCUGGCAGGGUCCCUGCAUGUGGAGUCUCCAGCCUCAAUGAGAUCAUCAAUCCAAACUACAUUGGUAUGGGGCCUUUUGGACAGCCCCUGCAUGGGAAAUCAACCCUGUCCCCAGACCAGCAACUCACAGCCUGGAGUUAUGACCAGCUACCCAAAGAUUCCUCCCUGGGGCCCGGUCGGGGAGAGGGUCCUCCAACCCCUCCCUCCCAACCACCUCUGUCGCCAAAGAAGUUUUCAUCCUCUACAGCCAACCGAGGUCCCUGCGCCAGGGUGCAAGAGGCAAGACCUGGUGAUCUGGGAAAGGUGGAAGCUCUGCUACAGGAGGACCUGCUGCAGACGAAGCCCGAGAUGUUUGAGAACCCACUGUAUGGGUCCAUGAGUUCCUUCCCUAAGCUGGUGCCCAGGAAAGAGCAAGAGUCUCCCAAGAUGCUGCGAAAGGAGCCCCCGCCCUGCCCAGACCCAGGAAUCUCAUCACCCAGCAUCGUGCUCCCCAAAGCCCAAGAGGUGGAGAGUGUCAAGGGGACAAGCAAACAGGCCCCUGUGCCUGGCCUUGGCCCCACACCCCGGGUCCGCUCCUUUACCUGUUCCUCUUCUGCUGAGAGCAGAAUGCCCAGUGGGGACAAGAGCCAAGGGAAGCCCAAGGCCUCAGCCAGUUCCCAAGCCCCAGUGCCAGUCAAGAGGCCUGUCAAGCCUUCCAGGUCAGAAAUGAGCCAGCAGACAACGCCCAUCCCAGCUCCACGGCCACCCCUGCCAGUCAAGAGUCCUGCAGUCCUGCAGCUGCAACAUUCCAAAGGCAGAGACUACCGUGACAACACUGAACUUCCUCACCAUGGCAAGCACCGCCAGGAAGAGGGGCUGCUUGGCAGGACUGCCAUGCAGUGAAGUCCUUGGUGAGCUGCUGGUGAUGGGAGCCCGGAGGAACGGCACAAAGCAGAUCUACGCCUCUCUCAGGAUGCCUCUUGGAGGACCUCCUGCUAGCUCUUCUUGCCUAGCUUCAAGUCCGAGACUGUGUAUUUUUUCAGGAAAGGGACUCACAUCUCUGUGGUCCGAGGAGUGUGCUGGCUGCCACACUGUGCAACAGAUGCUGAAGCUGGAUGGCAAACACACGCCAUAUGGACAACAGACAGCAGCACCUGGGUCCCCAGAAGUUGGAUUCCUGGGCCUUCUUCCAGUCGCUGUUUUAGAGAAAGGAACUGAGCUGCUCAUCCAAGGGUGAAGAUAUAAAUAAUAAUAUUAUUAAUAAUAAUAACGGUCAGGUGCCAUGUGCUGUGUUAAGUGCUUUAUGAACAUUUGUCAGGCUGGCCUCCAGAGCUGAGGUUCCAGUCAAUCUGAACCCUAUGCCCAGACCCACUAAUCCCAAAUGAUGGGUCCUGAAGAUGUUUAAACAAAGCAUUAAGAAAACCAGCAAUCUCUUAGAGCUAACUGGCUGGGCUCUACUGCAGGGACCUGAACAGUCUGCAUGGCUAAAUAGCACAAGGAGCCCAGCCCUGUCCAGCUUCAGAGAUCCAAGCUGCUUGAGCUGGGGUUGUCACAGGCCUGAUUCUCUUGGCUUUUAUUGGGUUUUGAGUCUGCUAGAGUCAGAGAUCAGCUCCAACUCUCCAGUGAAGAGAUCUGGCCUCAGUCCAAGCCAGCCACGUCAGACCCCUGCUGAGCCUAUGGACCAAGAAAUACUUCCUGUGCCACUAGAGGUGGGCAGUUAUCAUCUUACCCUGAGUUGGGUCAAGCCCACCCCACCCCUGCCCUGCAACAUUUCUGAUGUACUGAGGAGGGAUCUCCACCAUAGUUCCCAGUGGCUGAGCUCUCCAGCUCGCUAUCAGGGAAGGUGAGCCUUGGUCCCAGGCUCUCAAAAUAGUGCAGCCUCUUCUUCCCAAGCUCUGUGCUGUACCCCGUGUCCUUGGUUACCAGGAGCUUAGGGUGCUGAUGUCUUUUCUUGUCUUGCUUUUUGAUAUAUCAGGAUUAAUGUAGGAAACCAGACCUAGGUUGUUCAGGAGAGCAGGUUUAUCCCCCGUGUUUCUCAAUCUGAGUGACCAAUAAAUUGUGCCUUUCUAACUGGG